CUAUAGAUAAUACAAUAAUAUUAAACUAAGCUAAUGAAAAAGAGGGUUUUGCAAGAUAUCUCUCGUAUACUAUUACUCAUGCGAGAAAUUCAAUUAAAAAAAACUUUAUAAAUACAGAUUCCUGUGUAUUUCAUUAAUUUUAAAGAAGCAGCGGUGUUCACAUUUACUCAGAAUGACUGCCGUUACUGUUUUGUUUGUAUUUCUCUGUAUUGGUGGGACUUUUGCAAAAAAGGUUUUACCAGAAAAAGACCCGUCUCUGGACCAAACCUUAUUGUCAAGUACUACUGAUGGAAAAAUCUCUGGCGUUUUACGAAACAUUUUAAACCAAGAAAGUUUAGUUCGCUUCUCCAUGGCACAGAAAUUUCAGACUUUGGUUUUGGAUGUCCUGGAUAACCAAAACAACAGUAGGAGUCUGCAGAGGAAGGUCGUCAACAUAGCUAAAGAGUUAAAGGCUCUGGAAACGAGGGACCAGAUACUGGAAGCGGAAAAUUUGAAACUCAAACAAGAAUUAAUGAUGAUGUACGAGUCCUAUAGGGAUAACCAGAGUAACAUAAUGGAACAAAUGCUCGAUGAAUUUGACACACGCCUCAAAAUGGUUGAAGAAAAAAUGAUUAUACUCUCAGCUCAACAAACGACAGAUACAAGGAAGAAAGUGUAUUUUUCAGCUGGAAUUUCAAAAGAAAUAGGGAACUACGCUGAAUGGAAUGGAAACGAUGUGAUUUUAUUCCAAAAAGUAAUUUCGAACGAAGGAGGGGCUUAUAAUGCUUCCACGGGAGUGUUCUCAACACCGGUGGGCGGGGUUUAUGUGUUCAGCUGCUUCAUUCUGACAGAUAAAACGACUCUCUAUGCGUAUUUAGAAGUCAACGGUUUAAAAAAAUUCAAUAUUCUUGGCUACACUCCUCCCAGCAGUAGAGAUGAUGUGGAAAGUGCUGGAAAUCUUGCUGUUUUGAAUCUACAGCAGGGUGACAGGGUCCUAAUGAGACACACGGGUGGAAGUAAUCUACGGUCUAUGUUAGAAGCGCCAUCCACCACCUUUUCUGGUUUUCUAUUGUACUAAAAAUAUCAUUUGCUUAUCUGCAAAUUCAUAUCCGACAUUUUAACAAGAGCAAACUUUCCAAAAUGAUGAAAUACCUUUGUGUACUUGUAUAUUAUUUAAUUGGUUUUAUUAUUAUAGUUGAUGUCGUCCUCUAAAUGUCAAUUUGAUCCUAAUUAAAUCAUCGCCUUUAGACCAAUUCGGUAAUAUGCUCGAAAUACAGUGCAUGUACAUGAAAUACAUAUAUCCAUAUCUCUUUAAAAUUGUGUUACUACAAUAAAAAUAAAAAAAAAUAUUUCAAAUAAAAACUGGCUACAUCAUUUCAUAGGCCGCAUUGGGACAUUCAACAUUGUUCUGCUGAAAAGAAAUAAAAUACAAAAGUUAAAUAGUCCUGAAUUAAAAACAUAUAAAAAAAACUUCAGAGUACGUCACAGUGUAGCUAUAACCGAAACAAUUUUGAGUUGCUUUCAGGAAUCUUUAUACAUGUAACAAACGCAGAAAAAGCAGCACAAAAGGAAGCCAAAAAUAUAGCAAAAAUAGUCUUGAGUGUAUAAUAACCGGAUGUAAGAGUUUUAUAGAGUGUACUGAAAUGAAUACUCAAACUGAAUCAAGUAAAAACUGAAAUUCACCCCGUGAAAAGGAAUAAUGGCUUCCCAGCUGCAGAAAAUCACGUCUUUAAACUGACAAAUUAUCUUGAUACUCGAAUAAAUGAUAGCUAAAUAAAUACAUGUAUUAGUUGGUAUAUAAUAAACUUUUUGGGAUAAAUGGGUGCAGAUAAUAUACAUUAAGUCUUAAUUAUCAAGAGUUAUUUCCUGUCGGCUGCCAUAUUGCAGGUCAACAUGCUGUAUUCCUUCAUUAUCAACCAACUUUUAACUUUUUAUGCUGAUCAUUGUGGGUAUAGAAAGCAUUGCAUGCGUCACAGUUGUGUGAGAAGAUCCUAUUUUGGGUACCAAAAUACUUAGUUGGCAAUUAAGAAAAGUUAAUUUCUUCACUAUGUUGUCAUACGGGGGCAACAGUGUUUCACAAAAACAUCUUUUUAAUUAAAGCAGUAUAUUUAAAAGUAUCAAUAUUUUAUAUGCAUAUUUUUUAAAGGGAUUUAAUUUGUACAUGUACAAAACAUUAAAUACAGUACAGACAUUUUUUUCUUUAAAUUGUCUUGAAGUUCUAUUUUCUAACAAAACU